AUGGCGCGCCGCCUCUUCUGCGCCACGAGAGCGCUCCUCCUUCCCGCCCCAGCUCCCGCGCCAGCGCCCACCCCCACCUCCGCAUCUUCUGCAGCGGCGGCGGAAGCGGCGGCCUCGCUCCUGCCACUGCUCCCCUGCAAGCGGCGAAAGAAGCUCCUGAGGAAGCUCAACAGCCCACGGGUCGCGCCCAUCGAGCCGGAGGCCGCGCGUCGCGUUCCGGCCCUCGACGCCGUGCUCGACCGCGAUACGGCCUUCCGCUUCCUCCACCGCGCGCGCUCGUUCCUGUCUUCCCUCCCGCCUCCGCACCGGAUCCCCCUUUCCGAGGCCGGCAAGCUGUACCGCGAGCUCGGCUUCCCCCGCGGCCGCAAAGUGUCGCGCUCCGCUACGCGCCACCCGCUGCUGUUCCACCUCCCCGUCGUGGACUCCGUCCCGCACCUCGCGCUUACACCGUUCAUGUGCUCGCUCCUCGAGGAAGAGCGCCGCAUCCACGACGACCUCCUCCCGUCGCGGGUGCGCGCAGUCCGGAAGCUCCUCAUGCUCACGGCCCACCGCCGCGUGCCGCUCGCGAAGCUCCACCACUGCCGCGCUGUGCUCGGCCUCCCCGACGACUUCCGCGUCGUAGUCGACCCCAGGGACGGCCGCCACAUCCUCGAGCUCGCGCGCUGGGACCCUGCGCUCGCCGUCAGUGCGCUGGAGCGCGAUUUUGUCGUGGACGAGAGCCGCGUCCGGCGCACGUUCCGCUUCGCCGUCCCACACCGCCGGUUGAUGCCGCUUGACGCCGAGGACGCCGAUCGCCUCGACACGGCGACCACGUUCCCGCUGGUGUCGCCGUACACCAACGGCGCGCUGCUCAAGCCAUGGACGCACGAGGCGGAAAAGUACCGCGUCGGGGUGGUGCACGAGUUCCUGAGCCUGACGCUGGAGAAGCACGCGAUGAUCCACCACAUCGUCGAGUUCAAGGAGGAAUUCUGCCUCACGAGGCACAUGUACGAGUCGUUGCAGAAGCAGAACCGCGCUUUCUACCUCGCCGGCACAGAGAUGAACUGGGCCUUAUUCCUCAGGGCCGCGUAUGACGAAAAUGGCGUGCUCAAGGAGAAGGAUCCUCUCGUGCUGUUCAAUGAGAAGCUGCAGCAAUAUGCGUGUAUGAGCAAGAUGGAUUCCAGAGAGAACAUGAUUGAUGCUGCAGGUUUGUGA